AUGGCACUACAAUGCGGCAUGGGCUUUGGCUAUAUCACUGGGUUUUUAUUUUCGACUGUAGAAGCAGCUCAUGCCUUUAGUACAAUUGUUCUAUUUCCUUUGCAAGCAUUUGGAGGAGAAAAUGUAAAGAUAAACUCAAUUCCUAUCAGUUGGAGAUGGAUUACUUAUAUUACUGUAACAUUUAUUUAGCCUUUUAAAUGGGUUUUUCAAGGAUAUACUGUCAAUGAAUAUACCGAUUGGGAAAAAGAUUGUGAUACAGAUUGUGACCUAAUAGGAGACUUAGGAUGGUCUGAUCAACAAUGGCAAGGAAUUGUUGGGAUUAUUGUCUUAAGCACUUGUGUCAGGCUGAUUGCAUUUUUUAUAUUGAAAUUACAGACCCGUAAUAGAAGAUCCUAA